UUAAAAGUUAAAUAAAUUAAAACCAUGUUUUGUAAAUGAUUUUCUUCGAAUACCAAACUGACGAAAUUGUUAAGUUAAGAAAGACAUUAUGAUAUGUAUGACACUCACAGCCUGAGUGCAAACUAUUAAAAAAACUAGCUGUCACUGUCAUGCCGAUACGCAGCUAACGUCAGUCAGUAAUAAAUUAGUAUCCAAAGCAAAUGGUUGUUUAUUUAUGCGCAAACACUUCAUUGGCGACGAGGUACAACGACUACCCACGAUAUAAAGAAAUCAAAGCAAAAUGUCUUAUAUCGGAAAUUUAUCUAAUUUCGAUCACAAAACAGGCGAAUGGCAGAUAUUUAAAGGAAAAUUGACACAGUUUUUGAAAAUAAAUGAAGUAAAAGAGGAAAACAAAAGUGGAAUCCUGCUCACUUACCUCACCGACGAGACAUAUCGUUUGCUACGAAACUUGGCUUACCCUAAGGAAUUGGAUUCGCUCAAGUUUUUGGACCUGAUAUUAUUACUCGACAGCCAUUUUAAACCGAAACAAUGCUCCUUUGCAGAUAAAGCAAAAUUUUUUGGAGCAAAUAGAAAUCCAGGCGAAUCGUUAGGAGAAUGGGUGGCGCGAAUUAGAGGACUCGCAAGUUAUUGCGAAUUUGGUACCGCUCUAGAAACGAACCUAAGGGAUCGUUUUGUCCUUGGUCUGGGUUCGGGGCCUGAACGGGACAAGUUGUUCGAGCAGAACGCUUCCACGUUGACAUUGGCAAGGGCGAUUGAAUUGGCAGAGCAAGCCGCUUGCGCUAAAGAGGCGAAAGUUAUGAUGGGCACUAGCGAAACAGUACCAAACAAAGAGGAGCCGAUUUAUAAGGUGAAAAUUCACCAACAACAUGGCCGCGGUGAAACACGGCCGACGGGCGCGAUCGGUACAAUUUCUGCGAACUCGUCGCGUUGUUCCGUGUGUGGUUUAAAAAAUCAUCCAAGUGAUAGGUGCCGGUACAAAAGUUACAAGUGUUCAAAGUGUGGUGAAAAAGGACAUUUAAAAAAAGUGUGUAAUCGUGAUAAGAAGUCUUGCGUUUUCCACGUAGAUAAUAGUCAAGGUCUAGAUGAUCCGACCACGUCAUUUUGUGAUGAAUGCGAAAAUUUUAAUAUAAGGUACGUCACUGAUAAACCUAUUAAAAUUGAUCUCAUUUUGGGUAAUCAAAACCUCACUAUGGAAUUAGACACGGGUUCUGGCAGUUGUGUAAUUUCAGAUAAACUGUAUAAAGAAAAGUUUUCUAACUAUGUACUAGAACCUAGUCAUACUAAAAUGUGCCUAUAUAAUGGACAUAAAAUUACUCCCUUGGGCUAUUUUAUUAUUAAUGCCAUAUUUAAUAAAAAACAAAAGUCCAUAAAAAUAUUUGUGAUUGAUAAUGGCGGACCACCAUUACUAGGGAGGGAUUUUAUGUUAGCCUUUAAUUUAUUUAUCACCACUAGUAUUCAUUCACUUACCUUCGAUACAGAUUUGCAUAAAUUAUUAGAUAAGUUUUCGGACCUGUGGCGUGAUGAAUUGGGUGCUUUUAAUAAAUUCAAAGUGAAUCUGCAACUGAAGGAUAACGUGACCCCAAAGUUUUUUAAAGCACGCACUGUACCUUUUGCCCUAAGAGAAAGAGUUGAGAGUGAAUUAAACAGAUUGGUAGGCUUAGCCAUAUUAGUUCCCAUAAAUCAUUCACAAUACGCAACACCUAUAGUGCCCGUACUUAAAUCUAAUGGUCAAGUCAAAAUCGCUGGUGACUAUUCAAUUACGCUCAAUAAUGACCUUAUCAUAGAAAAAUACCCUCUGCCUAGAAUCGAAGAGGUGUUCGCUAACAUUGGGGGUGGUGAGCAAUAUAGUAAAAUAGAUUUAAAAAACGCUUACAAUCAGUAUAUGUUAGAUGAAUCGUGUCAGGAACUCACCACGAUCAACACUCAUAAGGGACUAUAUAAAUAUACUAGGUUAGUAUACGGUUUGGCAAAUGCGCCUGCAAUUUUUCAAAAGUCUAUGGAAACUCUUCUUUCAGGAAUAGAUGGAAUCAGUAUUUGGCUCGACGAUGUAUGUAUUACCGGGCAUGAUAAAGUUACUCACCUGAAAAGACUCAGUGAAGUCUUAGGUAGGCUCCGCGAUGCCGGUUUGCGUCUUGAGAAGAAUAAAUGCGAAUUUUUCAAAGACAGUGUCACAUAUUUAGGUUAUGUUAUUAGUAAAAAAGGUAUAAAAACAUGUCCGAAUAAAACACAGGCUAUAUUGAAUGCCCCAGAACCGACUAACGUAACAGAGGUUAAAAGAUUUUUGGGGAUGGUAAAUUAUUAUAGGAAUUUCAUUCCUAAUGCAUCAUCUAUGCUAAGUCCGUUACAUGAAUUAUUACGUAGUGAAACACAUUGGCAGUGGGGGGAGAGGCAGCGCUGUUGUAUGGCGGCAGUUCGGCGCGAAUUAGCAUCGGAGCGCGUCCUCGCUCAUUUCGAACCUACUGCCCAAUUACUUGUGGCAGUGGAUGCAGGACCAUAUGGUCUAGGGGCUGUGCUAUCACAGCGCGACGAUGCGGGCAUCGAGCGACCGCUGGCUUAUGCGUCUCGCUCGCUCAGCACUAGUGAACGAAAUUAUAGCCAGAUUCAGAAAGAAGCAACAGCUAUAAUUUUUGGGGUUAAGCGUUUCCAUCAAUAUUUGUAUGGUCGUGCAGAUCCAUUUAUUUUAAAAACUGAUCAUAGGCCCUUAGUGUCAAUUUUUAAUACUAAGACAGGCAUACCCGUAACGACCGCGUUGAGACUACAGAGAUAUGCAAUAAUUCUGUCUGCCUAUAAUUAUAUAGUGCAAUAUGUUCCUUGCCAUAACAACCAAGUGGCCGAUUAUUUCUCACGCGCUCCGUUAAAAGGCGCAGCGGCGGAUAGUGUAGAUAGUGAUAUAGAUACCUAUUAUGCGCUUAAGUUUCUCGAUGCGUCAACGCCGGCCGUAACUUUUAGUGAGGUUGUACAAAUGACUGAACGUGAUAGAACGUUAAAAACGGUAAUUAAAUACAUGAAACAUGGUUGGCCGCGUAAAAUAAAAUGUGCAUCGAUAUUGCCAUACUUUCAAUGUAAAUCGGACUUACAAGUCGAAAAUGAGUGUUUAUUUAGGGGACACAGAAUGGUUAUACCGUCGUCAUUGAGAGAUAAGAUGUUACAAGAAUUACACGAAAGCCAUUUAGGAAUCGUUAAAACAAAAAGCAAUGCUCGGAGUAGGAUGUGGUGGCCAUCUAUCGACAAAGAUAUAGAGCGUUGGAUAGGCUCGUGCGAGACCUGCGUGAGUGUGCGGUCAGCGCCGCCAAGGGCCCCGCCCAUGGCGCCCCGCGCCAUGGCCGGCUGCUGUCCGCGCCUGGCAACGCUUGCAUAUCGACUACAUGACAAUAGGGCAGAAGGUAUACUUGGUGCUUGUAGAUGCAUAUUCUAAAUGGUUAGAUUGUAUAUAUAUGCGUAACGGUACGUCCACAAGUGCGCUGAUUGAUACUUUAAAGGCAUUUUUUUCGAAUUUUGGGUUGCCAGAGUCGCUGGUAUCCGACAAUGACGUAAAAAUUAAUUCGGCCGAAUUUAAGCAAUUUUGCAAUUUUAAUGGCAUUCAAUACAUAACGACCCCUAUAUACCAUCCACCAAGUAAUGGUCUUGCCGAAAAUUCGGUACGAAAUUGUAAAAAAAUGUUAAAAUGCAUUAUAAAAGAAAAUGUACCCACACACCAGACACAGCAAAAGUUAUUGCAAUAUUUAUUUUGUUAUAGAAAUACCGUGCAUUGUACUACCGGCCAAACGCCAGCACAACUAGUGUUCGGUAGGAAAUUACGUUCCCGUCUGGACUUAAUUUUACCUACCGAUCCUAAUAAUAUUGGUCAAACAAUAGUCAUGCCCGGGAAAAGAUGUUUCGAAAUUGGUACCAUGGUAUGGACCCGCUGGUACAGUGCGCGGAAUGAAACAUGGAAGUUAGGUAUUAUUAAGGAGAAGAUAGGAAAUAGGAUGUACAAAAUCUUAAUCUAUGAAUUAAAUGUGAACUGCAUUAGGCAUGUUGACCAGAUAAUGCGAUAUAAAGGCAAAAAUAGGCAACUUGAAGAUAUGCCUAAUGUGUCUCAUCAGGUUCCUUCAUUACCAUCUGUUCCAACUUUAGAUAAAUUACCAAUUGUGGCCCAGCCUUUAGCACCAGUCAGCCAGUCGUCAGUCACUGUAUCUGAAGCAGAACCUAAUGAUGUGCUAUUGCCUCCAAAUACUGAACGUAAUGUAGAUGAAAAUGCGACUGGACAUUUUGUGGGAGGGGUGGACGAGAGUCGGAUUGAUCGAUCACCUGUGUGUGAUACCAGCACCAAUGUGUGCCGUGACGUCGCUGACACAGAUGUACCAGUACCUUCGCUCACUCCGACACGCCAGAAACGCAAUAGAAAAAUCGUAGAUUAUAAAAAGUUCUUUUAAUAAAUUUAGAAAACAAUAAUAUUGUAUUGAAUUAGAAUAAGAUAUUAUAUCCUAGAAAUAAGUGGAAUUUAUAUGUGUAUGUAUUUUUGUAAGUAUGUUCUCCUUGUAAAAAUAGAUUUAUAUUAUAUAAUGUCUGAUUACCAGGUGUCCAAAUUAAGCGUGGAGGAAUGAUAUGUAUGACACUCACAGCCUGAGUGCAAACUAUUAAAAAAACUAGCUGUCACUGUCAUGCCGAUACGCAACUAACAUCAGUCAGUAAUAAAUUAGUAUCCAAAGCAAA